UUUGCAAUUUAUUGCAUGUGGAUUUUGGGUUCUCCCUUGCACAGACACAGCAGUUUUUAUUUCACAGGCCCUCAUUUCUAUGUUGUCCCUUCCCUUCAACAGAACAUACACAUAAAAACAUUGGCUGAUGACAUGCGGGACAGAAUCACCAGUUUUCGAAAGCAAGGCAUGAAGAAGGAGAAGCCUCUAAUCCAGCACCCCACAGACCCCAUCUCCACCCAGACCGAGCUGCCUGUGCCCCAGCCGUUCUUCGACGAGCGCUCCAUGAACCUGUCAGAGAAGGAGAUUGUCGACUUGUUUGAGAAGAUGAUGGAGGACAUGAACUUAAACGAAGAGCGCAAGGCCCCUCUUCGAGGGAAGGACCUGAGCACCAAACGAGAGAUGGUAGUCCAGUACAUUUCUGCCACAGCCAAAUCUAUAACUGGGAGCAAAGUUGCGGGUGGACUGAGGAACAGCAAGCACGAGUGUACGCUCUCGUCACAGGAGUACGUGCACGAGCUGCGCUCAGGAAUCUCCGAAGACAAACUGCUCAACUGCCUGGAGUCCCUGCGCGUGUCCUUGACCAGCAACCCGGUCAGGUCAGUCAGUCAGUCAUUCUUCACCAACUCUAAUCGUUCAAGUCACUCCUUCUGAAACCAGUCUCUGAUUAAGUAAGCUGACAUAUCAACACUCACUUCAGCCACCUCAGACCAUCCUCUCACUGUGAAAUGGAAAUUUAAACCUCAUUUUUCUGUCUACACAUUGCAAUCUUGGAGGAUUUCUCUCAGGAUGCUAAUUGGAAAUCUGUCAAUGGGUCUUUUAACCUUCAGUCUAUGUGGAUCCCCGAUUCUGGUUAAAUGAGCGUAGC